AUGAGUCGAACGCUGCCUGUCCGGCAGGCCGAGGAGCUGCACAAAUCCAUCAUUGCGUAUCUCUCGGCCAACAACCUCCAGAAUACCGCCUCGGUGCUCAGGGAGGAGCUGAGCCUCGGCGAAGACGUGUUCGAUGCGACGACGACAAAGAAAUAUGAGACUCUACUAGAGAAGAAGUGGACGAGUAUUGUCCGGCUACAGAAAAAGGCAUGUCCGUUCACCCUGGCUGCCCAGCGCGCUUACCCGACGGCUGUCUAA